AUUGUUGACUCCAAGUGGAGCUGCAGCAGAAGGCAAUCCAUAUGGAGGUAAUGAUGCUCUUGCUGUUUUUCCUCUUGUUUUUAAACUCCUUCAACUAUUGCAGGUUUGCUGCCACUGCUCGGACUUCAUACAGCAAUGAGACGGAUCUGCUUGCGCUGCUUGCAUUCAAAGAUCAAAUAACCAGCGAUCCCUCUGGAGUUCUACGCACAUGGAAUGCCACCACCCAUUUCUGUGGGUGGGAGGGAGUCACAUGCGGCAGGAAGCACCAGCAGAGGGUCAUGGCCUUGGACCUCAGCUCACGGGGCUUGGUGGGCUCUGUUACUCCAUCCAUAGGAAAUCUCACUUUCCUCAGAAAAAUCAACCUCCAAAGCAAUAGCUUCUUUGAUACCAUCCCUUCUGAAAUUGGUCAUCUGCAUCGGUUGCAGCAACUAAACCUGAGCUUUAAUUCAUUCGUGGGAGAGAUCCCUGUUGGACUGUCCAAUUGUUCGAACCUCAGACGACUUGACCUGAGCGACAACCCUCUAGCAGGGAGAAUACCAGAUGAGCUCAGGUCACUAACAAAGCUCGAGACUCUACACCUCGAGGCAAACAACAUCACAGGAGCCAUCCCACCUUGGCUUGGGAAUCUUUCUUCGCUCUAUGCGCUUACACUGUAUUCAAACUCCUUGGAAGGAAGCAUCCCAGAGGACCUAGGCAACCUUGCAAACCUAAGAUUCUUUCAAGUGUCUGCAAACAUGCUAUCCGGUAUCAUUCCCUUGCGUCUCUACAAUUUCUCAUCCUUGUAUUUCUUCAAUGUGGCUGUCAACCAGCUGCAGGGUAGCCUUCCACCAACCCUGGGCAAUACACUUCCUACACUUAACUAUCUUUGGUUAGAUAAUAACCAGUUUGAUGGACCCAUUCCAGCUUCAUUAGUCAAUGCCACCGGAAUUGUAAGCAUUGAUUUCUUUAACAACAGUUUUAGCGGACAGGUGCCUUCAAAUUUGGGAAGAUUGCAAGGUCUUUACCAUCUCGUUCUCGGUGUAAACCAGCUUGAAGCAAAUGAUGCUAACGGAUGGGCAUUUAUCGACUCUUUAACCAACUGCAGUUUUUUACAGAACUUGGGCCUAGAAUUCAACCUGCUUGGCGGUAGGUUGCCAAAAUCAAUCGCCAACCUCUCCGUAGAACUCCAAUUUUUAGCAAUUGGAUCGAACCACAUAUCAGGGAACAUUCCCUCUGGAAUUGAAAACCUAUUCAAUUUGUAUGCAUUGGCGUUUGAGAAGAAUCUACUCACUGGUAAUAUCCCAGAAGAUAUCGGAAAACUUCAGAUGCUGCAGGUUCUUUACUUGUGUGACAACAAGUUAACAGGGAUCCUUCCAUCCUCCCUUGGCAACCUCACCCAGUUGAAUAAACUCUACUUAUAUGGUAAUGCCUUUGAAGGACCAAUGCCUUCGAGUCUGGGAAAUCUUCAACAUUUAGCAGAACUGGACCUCUCCAUUAACAGUCUUAGUGGCAGCAUCCCGAAAGAGAUAUUCAACCUUACUUUCCUGUCAAAUUAUGUGGAUUUUUCUGACAAUAAUUUGAUUGGAGAACUUCCAUUGAAUGUUGGCAGCAUGAUAAAUAUCAGAGCAUUAAUUUUUUCUGGAAACAAGUUGUCCGGUGAGAUACCUGGCACACUUGGCAAUUGCGAGGCCUUGGAAUACCUAUUCAUUGACAAUAAUUUCCUCCAUGGGUCCAUUCCUCCAUCUUUGAGUGACAUAAAAGCACUUCAAAUACUUGAUCUCUCGCGCAAUAACCUGUCAGGGCCCAUACCUAAAUUGCUGGCAAACUUACACUUUUUGGUUAAUCUCAAUCUGUCUUUCAACCAUCUGGAUGGUGCAGUGCCGACCAAGGGAAUCUUCAACAAUGCAGCUGCUAUCUCGCUACUUGGCAAUUAUGGGCUCUGUGGAGGUGUACCAGAACUUCACUUGCCUGCAUGUCCCAAAAAUUCAUCAGAAAAGAGUGGUGGAAGGUCUCAUCUGGUUCGAGUAGUGAUACCAAUAAUUAGUGCUAUUUCGUGUUUGACACUGAUCUUUCUCUUUGUUUUCUUAUAUUGGAAACAAAAGCCAAGAAAGGACACGAGAUCACCUGCAUCUUCCUUGGAUGACAAAUAUCCGAAAGUAUCUUACAGGGAAUUGGCUGAGGCAACUGAUGGAUUCUCCACCACCAAUCUUGUUGGCACAGGAAGAUAUGGCUCCGUGUAUAAAGGGUCUCUGCUUCGUGGCAAUGCAGCUGUUGCUGUGAAGGUUUUUAACCUGCAACAAUUAGGAGCUAUCAAGAGUUUUGCAGCUGAAUGUGAUGCUUUAAGAGUCAUCCGGCACCGUAAUCUAGUCAAGAUCAUAACAUUGUGCUCCGGUUUUGAUUUUAGAGGUUAUGAUUUCAAAGCUCUGGUUUUUGAAUUCAUGCCUAAUGGGAGUUUAGAGGAAUGGCUGCAUCCAAGAAUCAUUGAGCAGGGAAUGGCAAACAGUUUAAAUUUACUUCAGAGAUUAAACAUAGCCGUUGAUGUUGCUGAAGCUAUGGAUUAUCUCCAUCACAACUGUCAACCACCGGUUGUUCACUGUGAUCUGAAGCCUGGUAAUGUUCUUCUUGAUGCCGACAGGGUUGCUCAUGUAGGGGAUUUUGGGUUGGCAAAAAUCCUUUGUGAGGCUAUGAGCAUGUCCUUGCAAAAUUCAGCAAACUCAACAGACGUCAUAAGGGGAACAAUUGGGUAUGUUGCUCCAGAGUAUGGGGCAGGGGGACAGGUCUCUACAUCAGGUGAUGUGUAUAGCUAUGGAAUCCUUCUUUUGGAGAUUUUUACAGGAAAGAGACCAGUUGAUGAUGCAUUUAACAAUGGAUUGACCCUUGAUAGUUUUGUUAAGAUGGCAUUUCCUGAGAAGAUCGAGGAAAUCAUUGAUCCAUUGUUGCUGAUUCAAGAUGAUGAUGAUCCGAGAGGAAGCACUACUAGGAGACUUAACCAAUGUUUAGAAUCCGUGAUAAGAAUCGGCCUCAUGUGCUCAACUUUAUCACCAGGUGAACGAUUGAACAUGAGAGACGUGGCCACUGAAAUGCAUGCAAUUAGAAACGCCUAUUUAGGGGGCAGAUACUCAUGAAAAGAGAAGGCAAAGACCACAUCUUAUGGGCUACACCAACCUUUGGCUCAAUAUUUAUUACGGUAGUAGGAUCAAACUUGUCAUGACAUGUCUCAAGCUUAAUUGGAUGUCACAAGUUUAAUUGUAUCAAACGUCACAAUGCAUAAGAAUUUUUAUUAGGUUUUUG